AUGGACCGAGAGACUGAGGACUGCGUGGGGGGUGACGAGGGGAUGAGGAACCUCGUUAGUUCUCAUGUUGGUUGUGGUGGUGUUUGGCUCCGCCUAGUUCUUGGGCAGUGGGCGGGGGCGAGAACCACGGAUUUGCGCUCGACGAUACUUGCCCUACCGAAACCGGGGGAGGGGGGGGGGGGGGGGGAGGGGGGGGGGGGGGGGGGGGGGGGGGGGGGGGGGGGGGGGGGGGGGGGGGGAGGGGGGGGAGGGGGGGAGGGGGGGGGGGAGGGAGGAAGGGGAGGGGAAGGGGGGGGAAAAGGGGGGGGGGGGGGGGCGGGAAGGGAAGAGGGGGGAGGGAAGAGGGGAGAGCGGGGCGGGGUGGGGGGGGUGGGGGGGGGGGGGGGGGAGAGGGGGGGGGGAGGAGGGGGGAAGGGAAGGGGGGGGGGGGGGGGGGGAGCGGGGGGAGGGGAAGGGGGGGGGGGGGAGGGGAGGGGGAGGGGGGGGGGGAGGGGAGGGGGGGGGGGGGGGGGGGGGGGGGGGAGGGAAGGGAAGGGGGGGGGGGGGAAAAGUGGGGGAAAGGAGGCGACGGGGGGAAAGUAA